AUGAACGGCGCAGGUGACCCCGAGAGAGACCAAGCGCUCGAAGACUACAAAUCGAGCCUCCUGGAGCUUCGAGAAUGGGAAGCCAAGCUCAGAAACCUUCGCUUAGGCAUUAAGGAUUUACAGAGAGAGUUUGAUAUCUCUGAGGAGAACAUCAAGGCUCUGCAGAGCGUCGGUCAGAUCAUCGGCGAGGUGUUGAAACAGUUGGAUGAGGAGAGAUUCAUCGUUAAAGCGUCGUCGGGCCCCCGAUAUGUCGUCGGUUGCCGCUCCAAGGUCGACAAAUCCAAGCUGAAACAGGGUACUCGCGUUGCCCUCGACAUGACAACACUGACGAUUAUGCGGAUGCUUCCGCGCGAGGUCGACCCCCUCGUGUACAACAUGUCUCUGGAGGAUCCCGGUCAAGUCAACUUUGCCGGCAUCGGUGGUUUGAAUGACCAGAUCCGAGAGUUACGAGAAGUGAUUGAGUUGCCGUUGAAGAACCCGGAGCUGUUCCAGAGAGUUGGUAUUAAGCCACCCAAGGGUGUAUUACUGUACGGACCUCCUGGUACCGGGAAGACGCUGCUGGCACGAGCAGUGGCAAGUUCAAUGGAAACCAAUUUCCUCAAGGUUGUGUCGUCCGCUAUCGUUGACAAGUAUAUUGGUGAAUCUGCACGGUUAAUAAGAGAGAUGUUCGGCUACGCAAAGGAGCAUGAGCCUUGUAUCAUCUUCAUGGACGAAAUCGACGCUAUCGGUGGUCGUCGUUUCUCUGAAGGUACGUCGGCCGACAGAGAAAUCCAGAGAACACUGAUGGAACUCCUGAACCAACUGGAUGGGUUCGACUACCUCGGAAAGACCAAGAUCAUCAUGGCCACCAACCGGCCGGACACCCUCGAUCCUGCCCUGUUGCGUGCGGGCCGUCUGGACCGGAAGAUUGAGAUUCCUCUCCCCAAUGAGGUUGGUCGUCUGGAAAUUAUCAAGAUCCACUCCAGCACUGUCCAGCUGGAGGGCGAUAUCGACUUUGAGAGUGUCGUGAAGAUGAGCGACGGUCUCAACGGAGCUGAUCUCCGCAAUGUCGUUACGGAAGCUGGUCUUUUCGCCAUCAAGGACUACCGGGAUGCGAUCAACCAGGACGACUUCAACAAAGCCGUCCGCAAGGUCGCAGAAGCCAAGAAGCUGGAGGGCAAGCUUGAAUACCAGAAACUGUAG